AUAACCUGUUGUCUAUUUUUCGCCAAAUGUCUACUGUUUUAUAACCUUUUUGAUGAUUAUGCAAUUUAUCCAACUCACUGUCCUCUUUUCUGCAAAUUGCCAGUUUGGUAGAUUCAUUUGUUAUUCAAAUUUAGGAACACAAGAGAUGGGACAAUCUUUCUGAGCCAGUCUUUUCUUCACAAGAGAAACUAGUUUUAGCAAGUUUACAUGAAAGUUGUAAGAAGAUGGUACAUUGUCCAAUACAGAUUCUUGUGGUUUACCCUCCUCUAACUCUGUGUCCAAUAAUGCUCAAAACUGGGCAUACUUUGCAGGCAUAAUCCAGCGGCUGGGAAGAUAUCUCCAUACGGCUUGGGGGUGCUGGUUGUGAUGACAACACAUACCGGCUGAAGUUCAGUGACCCAAAGGUGUGCAAGAGUUUCCUUCUCACCUGUUGUCCUCAUGAGAUCCUUUCGUCAACGCGAAUGGACUUGGGUGAGUGCCCCAAGGUCCAUGACCUGGCACUCCGAGCUGACUAUGAACAAGCAUCCAAAACAAAAGACUACUUUUAUGACAUUGAUGCAAUGGAACAUCUACAGUCCUUCAUCACCGACUGUGAUCGAAGGACAGAAUCGGCUAAGAAGAGGCUGGCAGAGACCCAGGAGGAACUGAGUGCUGAGGUUGCUGCCAAGGCUAACAAAGUCCAUGACCUUGCCGAACAGAUUGGUAAAAAGUUAGCAAAAGCCGAAGGUCUUGGUGCUGAUGGGAUGGUAGAGGAGAGUAUGAAGCUCAUGGAGGAAGUAGAAGAUCUUCGGAAACGCAAAGCAGCUGCAGAGCAGGAAUAUCGGAAUUCCAUGCCAGCUUCUAGCUACCAGCAGCAAAAACUGCGAGUGUGUGAGGUUUGCUCUGCCUACCUUGGCAUCCAUGACAAUGACAGACGGCUUGCUGAUCAUUUUGGCGGGAAGCUGCACUUGGGCUUUAUCAAGAUCAGAGAAAAGCUUGAGGAAUUGAAGAAAACGGUUGAAAGCCGAAGGGAGAAGAGAAGGGAGGAACGCGAGCUAGAACGCAAUGCUCGGUUUGGGGAAAUUGCUGACUAUGAUGUCACAAGGGAUCACGAGAGAGAGAGAUACCGGGAUGUGGACCGUGAUAGGAGGGAUCGUUACCGUGACGAUGACAGAGACAGAAGGCGCAGGAGGUCAAGGUCAAGGUCGAGGUCACGCGAGAGGCGGCGCCGAAGGUCCAGAUCUCGUGACCGAUAUUACAGGUCUCGUUCCCGAUCAAGGUCACGUGACCGCAGGAGGCAUUCAAGGAGCAGGGAAAGUUCAAGGCGAUCUCGGCGGUCAAGAUCCAGAGACCGCCACACCCGUUCGCGGGAGAGGUCGCACUCUAGAGGGAGAACUUCGCGAGAAAGAGUAUCCCGAGAUGUGGAGGAAGACAGAAAAUCCCGAGACAAAGUCAUAGAGGAGCCUGAACCACCAGAGAGAAGGGAUGGAAGUCCAGAAAACGGAGAAAUCACAGAUGACCGGUCCAGAGAUGGGAUGGAGUGAGAUGAAAAGCCGUGGAUUCUGGUACCAACGAAUUUGAAUUUACGCCGAUCAGCAGCCACUGAGUGUUAAAAAGGGUUACUAGAAUUUUUUCCAUUUCUUUUUAAUCUCUACCAUACUAGGUUAUUUAUAUGAUUUAGCAUAAUUGCAUUCAGAUACCUCUCCUUACAGACAAAGAGAAGAAAAAAAAUUUAAUAGUGCAAAAGAGAUAGAGGAAUGUAUCACGUAUUUUCUGUGUUAAUCUCUGUAUCUCUCUUCAUCACUUUCAUCCAGAUAUCACCGACACUGCUGUCCUAAUUAUUUACCUGCAAAUAUAAAGAAAAAAAAAGAAAAAAAAAGUGUUAGUUUUUAAUUAUUUUUUUAGGGGUGCGUAGAUAUGUCGGAUGCACACAAUUUAAAAAUCAUGGUUUUUGUUAAAACUGUAUAUUCUAUUUAAGGACAUAUUCUCAUGUGAUAUAGCACUUUUGUCUUCAAAUAGGCAUUUAUCUCCAAAUACCUGAUGUUAGUGCUAUUUUUCCAUAAGCUUUCUUGGUAACAGAAGUUGAUGAACCAAGUAACAAUAGAGUCUUGGACACAAGUUGAUGUAGUGAAUGUUAAUCGAUUCUGUAUAUAGGCUAUACAGUACACUGUCAAAAAAUCAGUUUAGAUGAAUCUUCCUAGAAGAUACAUAGUCAUGGCCAAAAUGUACAAUAGUUGACUACUUUUAAAGCAAGUGGAUUUCCUAUUCCUGUUUCUUUUGAGGAGUUUCAACAGCAGAGCUGUACCCAAUCUUGCUACACAUUUGCAGUAGCAACUAGAUAUGCAUAAAAUGUAAAAAAAGAAAAAAAGCGGGCUUUCUUUUUUUAUUUCAAGUUAUUUUGUUUGCGUCAUUGAUCAUGUCAAAGAAUAUAUUCACAAUUUUUACCUGAGUGAGGAUUCUGAUGUACACAUGUAAUCUUUUUCAAUAAAUUUGAAAUGUUU